CACGCGCGCCCGUCAUCCGGGUGCUGAUCGCUGCUGCAGGUUGCGCCCGGGUGGCGAAUAGGGGGCGGGGCCAGCGGCUCAUUGUGCGCAGCGCUGCGCGGCGCCGGCUGCCGGCGAGGCCUGGGUCGAAGUUGGAGCUGCUGCCGCCGCCCUGCAGCCCACUGGCUGCCUCGGCCGCGCGCUGCUCUUCUAAAAUGGCUGCCGCCACCGGUGCUGUGGCAGCCUCGGCUGCCUCCGGUCAGGCAGAAGGUAAAAAGAUCACCGAUCUGCGGGUCAUCGAUCUCAAGUCCGAGCUGAAGCGGCGGAACUUGGAUAUCACCGGAGUCAAGACUGUGCUCGUCUCCCGACUCAAGCAGGGACGUCCUCGCCAGGCUGGCAGGACUGCAGCCGGCCGGCGCGGCCUCCCAAGGGCGACCGUGGAGAUCCGGGAGGCACUCGGUCCCCAGCCUUUAGCGAUGGCUAUUGAAGAGGAAGGAGGCGAUCCAGAUAAUAUUGAAUUAACUGUUUCAACUGAUACUCCAAACAAGAAACCAACCAAAGGCAAAGCCCAUUUUCCUUCUUUCGCAGGUAAAAAACAGGAAGCAGAUGAGUUGAGUGGAGAUGCUUCUGUGGAAGAUGAUGCUUUUGUCAAGGACUGUGAAUUGGAGAAUCAAGAGGCACAUGAACAAGAUGGAAAUGAUGAACUAAAGGACUCUGAAGAAUUUGGUGAAAAUGAAGAAGAACAUGUGCAUUCCAAGGAGUUACUUUCUGCAGAAGAGAACAAGAGAGCUCAUGAAUUAAUAGAGGCAGAAGCAAUAGAAGAUAUAGAGAAAGAGGACAUCGAAAGUCAGGAAAUUGAAGCUCAAGAAGGUGAAGAUGAUACCUUUCUAACAGCCCAAGAAUGGCUCAACCUUAGUAGUGCUGUUUUUACUGUACAUCCUAAACAGUUACGCAAAUAUGCGAUGGAUGGUGAGGAAGAAGAAAAUGAGAAAGAUAUAGCAGGUUCUGGUGAUGGUACACAAGAAGUAUCUAAACCUCUUCCUUCAGAAGGGAACCUAGCUGAGGCUGAUCACACAGCUCAUGAAGAGAUGGAAGCUAAUUCGACUGUGAAAGAAGCUGAGGAUGACAACAUCUCGGUCACAAUCCAGGCUGAAGAUGCCAUCACUCUGGAUUUUGAUGGUGAUGACCUCCUAGAAACAGGUAAAAAUGUGAAAAUUACAGAUUCUGAAGCAAGUAAGCCAAAAGAUGGGCAGGACGUCAUUGCACAGAGCCCGGAGAAGGAAAGCAAGGAUUAUGAGAUGAAUGCGAACCAUAAAGAUGGUAAGAAGGAAGACUGCGUGAAGGGUGAUCCUGUCGAGAAGGAAGCCAGAGAAAGUUCUAAGAAAGCAGAAUCUGGAGACAAAGAAAAGGAUACUUUGAAGAAAGGGCCCUCGUCUACUGGGGCCUCUGGUCAAGCAAAGAGCUCUUCAAAGGAAUCUAAAGACAGCAAGACAUCAUCCAAAGAUGACAAAGGAAGUACAAGUAGUACCAGUGGUAGCAGUGGAAGCUCAACUAAAAAUAUCUGGGUUAGUGGACUUUCUUCAAACACCAAAGCUGCUGAUUUGAAGAACCUCUUUGGCAAAUAUGGAAAGGUUCUGAGUGCAAAAGUAGUUACAAAUGCUCGAAGUCCUGGGGCCAAGUGCUAUGGCAUUGUAACUAUGUCUUCAAGCACAGAGGUGUCCAGAUGUAUUGCACAUCUUCAUCGCUCUGAGCUGCAUGGGCAGCUGAUAUCUGUUGAAAAAGUCAAAGGUGAUCCUUCUAAGAAAGAGUUGAAGAAAGAAAAUGAUGAAAAGAGUAGUUCAAGAAGUUCCGGAGACAAAAAAAAUAUGAGUGAUAGAACUAGCAAGACACAAGCCUCAGUCAAAAAAGAAGAGAAAAGGUCGUCUGAGAAAGCAGAAAAAAAAGAAAGCAAGGAUACUAAGAAACUAGAAGGUAAAGAUGAGAAGAAUGAUAAUGGAUCAAGUGGCCAAACUUCAGAAUCAAUAAAAAAAAGUGAAGAAAAGAAACGAAUAAGUUCAAAGAGUCCAGGACAUAUGGUUAUACUAGACCAAACUAAAGGAGAUCAUUGUAAGCCAUCAAGGAGAGGAAGAUAUGAGAAAAUUCAUGGAAGAAGCAAGGAAAAGGAGAGAGCUAGCUUAGAUAAAAAAAGGGACAAAGACUACAGGAGGAAAGACAUCUUGCCUUUUGAAAAGAUGAAGGAACAGAGAUUGAGAGAACAUUUAGUUCGUUUUGAAAGACUGAGAAGAGCAAUGGAACUUCGAAGACGAAGAGAGAUUGCAGAAAGAGAGCGUCGAGAGCGAGAACGCAUUAGAAUAAUUCGUGAACGGGAAGAACGGGAACGCUUACAGAGAGAGAGAGAGCGCCUAGAAAUUGAAAGGCAAAAACUAGAGAGAGAGAGGAUGGAACGCGAACGCUUGGAAAGGGAACGCAUUCGUAUUGAACAGGAACGUCGUAAAGAAGCUGAACGUAUUGCUCGAGAACGAGAAGAACUAAGAAGGCAACAGCAGCAGCUUCGUUAUGAACAAGAAAAAAGGAAUUCUUUGAAACGCCCACGUGAUAUAGAUCAUAGGCGAGAUGAUCCUUAUUGGAGCGAGAAUAAAAAGUUGUCUCUAGAUACAGAUGCACGAUUUGGUCAUGGAUCUGACUACUCUCGCCAACAGAAUAGAUUUAAUGACUUUGAUCACCGAGAGAGGGGCAGGUUUCCUGACAGUUCAUCAAUACAGUCUUCAUCUUUUGAAAGGCGAGAACGUUUUGUUGGUCCAAGUGAAGGGAAAAAAACACGUCCUUCUGCACGCAGAGAAGAUCCAGGUUUUGAAAGAUACCCCAAAAAUUUCAGCGAUUCCAGAAGAAAUGAGCCACCACCACCAAGAAAUGAACUUAGAGAAACAGACAGGCGAGAAGUCCGAGGGGAACGAGAUGAGAGGAGAACAGUGAUCAUUCAUGACAGGCCUGAUAUCACUCACGCUAGACAUCCUCGAGAAGGAGGGCCCAAUCCCUCCAGACCAAACUCCUGGAAGAGUGAAGGAGGCAUGUCCACCGACAAACGGGAAACAAGAGUUGAAAGGCCAGAACGAUCUGGGAGAGACGUAUCAGGGCACAGUGUGAGAGGGGCUCCCCCUGGAAGUCGCAGUAAUGCCUCAGGCUAUGGAAGCAGAGAGGGAGACAGAGGAGUAAUCACAGACCGAGGAAGUGGAGCACAGCACUAUCCCGAAGAACGGCAUGUGGUUGAACGCCAUGGACGGGACACAAGUGGACCAAGGAAAGAAUGGCAUGGUCCCCCUUCUCAAGGGCCUAGCUAUCAUGAUACGAGGCGAAUGGGCGAUAGCCGAACAGGAGCAGGCAUGAUAACACAGCAUACAAGUAAUGCAUCCCCAAUUAAUAGAAUUGUACAAAUCAGUGGCAAUUCCAUGCCAAGAGGAAGUGGCUCUGGAUUUAAGCCAUUUAAGGGUGGACCUCCUCGACGAUUCUGAAAACUAGCUCUCUGCCAUGGUUUCAAGAUAAUUUAUUGAAAUCUCCUGUAAACUUUACUUGACUACUUAUGAAGAGGACCUCUGACUUGCUUGAGAGUUCUGUCAGACUUUUCUUUUUUUCUCUUUUUUUUUUAAAUUUAACACGAUUGCUUUUCUCAAUUUUGGAGAAGCUGUUUAGUUCUGUUGUAACUUUUAAUAGUUUUGUGUAUCAUUCAACUUUUUUCCUUGCAGCACUGAGACACAUUUGAAAGAUAGGAAUCAAAACCAUUUUGUUUAAUGCUGUGUGAAUAUAAAGAGUAGUUUACAGGUGUGUGGUAGUAGUUUAAUUUGCAGCAUUAGCUCUGUGGUGUCAGGCUCUAGAGUUACUUUUUGUCAUCAAGCAUUUUCAGCCUCCAUUUUGAAGGCUGUUUAAGCUUAAAAAGUCUGCUGUUUAAUUUUUAGAGAAUAAGAUUGUUCCUUGCAUUUCUGAGUAUUAUGUAACCUAUUUUUGCAGAAGGUACUGUUACAUUAAGUGCAUCUGUGUAUCCUGGUUUUAAAAAAAAUGUACUCUUUUUUGAAAUAAACCUUCAUAUUCUGUAUAGUUGCUAAAGCGUUGAGAACCUUUUUAAUUGUAAAAUGAGAACCAAAUUUCAGUUCAUUAUAGCAGCACACUUGUUCAGGUUUGCAUGGUGUGAAACCAAAUAGAUUAAUGAAACCUUGGCCAUGAGGUUUGUAUCACUGAGGUUCUUAGACUGAGUUGUGCAGGUAAGUGCACUUUUAGGUAAUCUGCACUGUUUGAUGGAUAAAUUCCAUCUCUGGGAAUUGUGUGGGUAUUAAUAUUUCCAUGUUCUCAACUAUGUUGAGAAGUGGAAAAAACCCAGGUUCUAGAUUGGUGAAUCAGUUGGGUUUUGUAAAUACUUGUAUGUGGGAAGGCAUUGUUGUCUCUUUGUGAAAAUAAAAAUCCACACCUGGAUGUGUGUGUGUCUUUGUUUCCAGCUUUUUAGUUGUUAGUCCUCCAGCCCUUUUCCUUGCCCGAAGGAACUGGCUAGGUUUAGAGCUUUAAAGACAGGUUUUUUUGGGUUUUGUUCCUAGGAAGUCAGUCUAACUUUGACUCUUCACCUCAGUAGCUAGGCAGCAUGUUCUGUUGAAGUGUUGGAAACUUAAGCACUAAUCUUAUGACUUUUUUUUUUUUUUUUUUUUUAAGGCAUCUUUUCCAGGAAAAUCCUUUAAGGUAAAUUCUGGAUACCACCCCUUUAAAGCCUCCCACAUUCCUUCAUAAAAAUUGGUGAUGAGUAAUGUAAAUGGUCUAGAUUCUUGGAAAAGUCACCAGUCUCUGUGCUCAUACAAAGUAAAAGAUGGUUGCCAGAGAUUGCUCUGAGGCCACUUUUUGAUUUGAGAAGGAAUUUUUUAGAAGUUCUUUUAAAUGUCCCUGGAUGGAUAUGACUGUGCCCAUGAGAUGGUUCGGACUUUCUGCAGUGCUGUGGGCAGGCAGGGCACUUUGGCCUUUGACUCUUUGGGGAACUGGCACUUCCUCUAUUGCUCCGGAUUUCAUACCCUUUUCUUCCCUUCCUGACCCUACAAUUGUGGGAGCAUAUGGGGUGUGCAAAUGUGUUGUGUGUAGAGGUCUACUUCUUUAUAUCCCAAACCCCUCCGUACUUUGUAGAAUGGCACGAUAGAUGCCUCAGUAUGUAUUAGAGUGAACCGAUUUCUACCUCUCUUGUGACUUUGGGUCAUUAUGCCACUUCUGGCCUUUUUCCUCAUUUGUGGAGUGGAGCUCACCACAAGGGAUUACACAGUUUCUAGCAUUGGUUAAGCACUUUAUGUGCUGGGCAGUGUACUAAGCAUUAAGUGCAAUGCUUUUCCUCAUGCUCAGAAUCCUGCCAGCUAAAGAAUAACAGUUACUCUCCUGCCCAGUUUUUAGAUGAGGACCUGAGAAGUAACCUCUUAAAACAUUAGAUGUGGAGUUCCCGUCGUGGCUCAGUGGUUAACGAAUCCGACUAGGAACCAUGAGGUUGCAGGUUCGAUCCCUGCCCUCACUCAGUGGAUUAAGGAUCCAGUGUUGCCGUGAGCUGUGGUGUAGGUCACAGAUGUGGCUCGGAUCCUGUGUUGCUGUGGCUGUCGUGUAGGCUGGCGGCUACAGCUCUGAUUAGACCCCUAGCCUGGGAACCUCCAUGUGCCAUGAGUGUGGCCCUAAAAAGACAAAAGACAAAAAAAAAGAAAAAAAAAAAAAAUUAAAAAAGCCAACCCCCCCCCCCAAAAAAACAUUAGAUGUUUGAUUUGUACUCAACUUUUCCACACCUACAUUGAAUGGUACAACCAUUCAUAGGCUGGUGGGUAGGUUAUUUUUUCCUCAGAUUGCCAUAUAUAGCAUUUUCAAGCUGAGAAAACCUGACAAAUCCACCUCGUGGAAUUUUGGCAUUGAGUUUGAGAGUAGCCCUCAGGCACCAGAGAUUAGGCUGGAAGAUAGGUUCCUCAAAACCAAGAGAAAGGAGAAAUUUUUAUUCUUCGUAGACUUAUUGAGCAAUCAAAAAAUGUUUUGCCAUGAUGUAGAAAGUUUCAGUGCUUUAAGAGUAAUAGCUUACAGUGGUUCAAGAAAGGGCCAGUCUUAAUAAGCUUGAGCGAGAAACUGAAGUCAGAAGCUACACAUGCCAAAAAUAAUUGUAACUGAAAAAUAAAAGAUUCAAAAUUUCAUAGAAAAAUUUAGAAACCUCUCUGCUUGUAUUUGUAUCCCUUGCUAGAUUGUCACUAACUCAGUACUAACUCCUCCAUACUUAAGCCAUUUCCAAUGAUUAAACACAUCAGUCCUUACUGUAGAAAUGUCAAAUUACUUUGCAUUCUUUUAAACCUCAUCUAAUAUAGCUCCUUACCUAAAGUCACGUCUUUUCUAAUACCUACAAUGGUGCUUAAUUAGCUUUCCUCUCAGCACCUCUGGUGUAACAUGUUCAGUUACCCCACAAACUAGCUAAUCCUCACACAUCUUUAGUCAAUAUCUUCAUAGACAGUAAGGCUGCCAUACAUAAAAUUCUUUUGUCCUAUACCACUUCAUACAUCAGUCAACAAUAUUGUUUAUUUUUACCUGAAACAAAUUGUUUUCUGAAAUCCUUCAGUACUUCCUUCAGAAUAAGCUUCUCUCUUUCUUUUCUCUCUGUUAUACUUAGUCCUUCUAACCAUGCUUAAGGGUCAGGUUCCAUAUAGUUGAUUGUCACAUAUGUAUUCUGUACCAAUUACCUUUAUCCUGUGUCUACACAGCCACACCUCAUUUUUCUCCUGUUUUAAACCUUCAAAUAUCACCUCAUCUCCCUUGGAAUAAAUCCAGUCUUUGGAGUUGUGCUAUUUCUCUGACUUCAUUUCCUUCUAGUCUCCUUGCUUACUUUGUUUCAGUCACAUUGGCCUCUUGCUGUUUCUUGAGUAUGACAUCCCAUCUCUGGCCUUUUGCAUUGAUUCUUUGAUCUGGUAUCCAUUUCCCCCAGAUAUCCACAUAUCCCACUUCAGGUCUUUGUGAAAAUGUUUUCUCAGUGAUAUCUUCCCUGGUAUUUACACUGUCCUACCCUUAAUAUUCUACCUCCCUCUUCCCAUCUGACAUUUAUUGUUUGUCUCUUCCAACUUGGAUAUAAGCUCUAGGAGGGCAGUGGUUUUUGUCUGGUUUUUGUUUGUUUUUUUAUUGCCGUAUCCUGAGCAUCUGACACUUAGUACCUACUUAAUAUAUACUGUUGACUAGCUAUGUGGAGCAUUCAGAUUUUUUGUUUGUUUUUAGGGCCACACCCAUAUCAUAUGGAAUUUCCCAGGCUAGGGGUUGAAUAGGAACUGUAGCCGCUGGCCUACACCACAGCCACAGCAAUGAGGUAUCCAAGCCAUGUCUGCGACCUACACACAGCUCACAGCAAUGCUGGAUCUUUAACCCACUGAGCGGGGCUUCAUGGAUACUAGUUGAGUUUGUUACUGCUGAGCCACAAUGGCAACUCCCCAGAAUUUUUAUAGUAGGGGUAUAGGAGCUGCAGUCUGGUUGGAGUAGUGGUUAGAGUGGGGGGAUCUGGGUUUUGUCUUGAAAUUGCAUUGGUGUAACCAACAUACUUUUAAGACUGAAUACUUAUCAGUAACUUUGAGAGUAUCUGGUGAGGGCUUGAGGAAGGCCAAAAGCCUCAUAAGCCACCCCUUGGUGCAGUGACCAGUAAGAAAUGGGACUGUUUAGAGAUAGACUGCCCAGACCAUCAGACUUAAGCCAAGGGGCUCAUGCUCCCUGAGAGGAGAUUCCUGCCUUAGGCAUGAUUAUUAACCAUCAAGUCAUCUUUGCUCUAGCUCCAAGCUCAUAAAAGCAUAUAUUCCUCCUUGGAUUUGCCAACAGGGUUAGGAAAUAAGAGUAUGAACACUGCUCAGUAGUUAAAAUUUCAUUGGUUUAUUAAAGACUGCCUAAGUACAUCAAACGCUCAAGCAAGAAUCUGUCAUUUGGAUAGAGACCAUUUUCUUUCUCUGAAGUUUCUAGUGAUGUCCAUCACCAUAUAUUAAUUCAUUAAUUUGCCCAUCAUGCUGCCAGCAUUUGAGAGAUGGAGUGGGGAGGAGACAGAUCAGAUAACACAGCAAGUAAGUGUCAUAUGGUGCAUUCCUUAAGUAUAUAAUGACUAAAAAUCUGUAAUAUUAUGAUUCUGUAAAAUAAGGAAGAACCCUUCAAAAAAUCCAAAUUUUCUUAAAAUUAUCAUGUACCCAUGAGCUUUUCAAAUGACUUUCACUUUAUUCUCCAAAUGAUCUGCCUUCCUUGGUCCACCUUUCUGGCCUCAAGAAAGAUGACUUCACUGGGUCUUCAUCACCUUGUAUACAUCAUUACCACUGAACUGCUCAAACUUAGGCCAGAUUGUGCACUAGGAAAGGCUUUCAUGUGGGGGGCAAUGUACAGUGUUGUCCCAUCUAAAGACUUUGGAAUGUGAAGAAUUAGGGGUUCAAGUGAAAACUGUGCCAUUUACUAGGUGGGUGCCAUUAUGGGCAGUUUAUCUGUAAGUCCAAGAAGAUCAACUUGGCUUACCUUGCGGGGCUGUUGUUAGGAUUUAAAUGACAAAAAUACGUGUAGAACCCUGAACUAAUUCUCAUUAAUUCUCUUGUUUUAGCAAAUUCAUAUCAUGGUCUCUAAUUAUAAAGCAGAAGAGGGAAGUUCUCGUUGUGGCUCAGCAGUAACGAGCCCGACUAGUAUCCAUGAGGAUAUGAGCUCAAUCCCUGGCCUUGCUCAGUGAGUUAAGGAUAUGGUACUGCUGUGAACCGUGGUAUAAGUCUCAGACGCAGCUGGGAUCCUGUGUUGCUGUUACUGUGGCGUAGGCCAGCAGCUACAGCUCUGAUUUGACCUCUAGCUUAUGAACUUUGAUAUGCUGUGGGUGCGGCCCUUAAAAAAGCAAAAUAAAUGAAUAAAAAUAAAGCAGAAGAGAAAAAGUGAAUUUGGAAAUGUUGCUGGUUAAACAGAGAACUGAACGGGUACAGCUGCUGAUGGCGAAAUCUUAAGUCUAAUUGGGCAAGAUAAGGCAGUAAAUAGUUCUCAAGCCUGAGUCCUACUCCAGGACAUUCAGGGUGUGACCUAGGGAUGUUCUUCUGCAAAAGUCCCCCUGAGAAUUCGUAUGCACAGCCAGGUUUGGGAACCACUAUGGGGGCAGAGCUUAGAGUAGGUAAGACCCAAUGCUCUUCCAAGACCAGCUGGCAAUUUUAUGGUUAGUAGAGUUUUCCUCACUGCUCCAACACGUCAUUUUAGUUUUAGAAAUACCAUCUUUUGCCAGUGAGAUGAGAUGCUCUGAUUAAUUUUCUGGUUAACCAAUGAUGAAAUAAUUUGAUGUAGUUGAAUCACUGAGAGUAAGGGAAGAGGAACUUCAGCAUCAGCUUUAGGAACUUGUGGCUUUCAGAACUAACUUGGUUGAGCUGUGAAGUACUACUACUAUGUAUUAUUUGGGGAAACAGUACUUUGUUUUCAUUCUAGUAACUGGAGAGUCACCUUCAACAAGAGUUACGGUCAGGUAACUCUUUUUAAAAAGAUGAAGACACUAGAUCCAGAGUUAGGAGCCUUGGAGUCUGGUUCUGAUCCUGCUAGUUGGAACAUAUAAUUUAACCUUUGUGGACCCUGGUUCCUUUAUCCACAGAUUUAUGGCCUUUAUGAUUCCUGUCUGACUUCCAUAAAAAUGCAAAAUAUAGUCAACUCUCGUCAUUCCAACUAAUCACAGGAAACUAAAGGGGAAAAAAAAA